CAUACUUUACGAGUCGCCAAUAAUGAUGAAGUUAUAUUAAUAGUAAUAAAACAGAAAUCAUUACCGAUAUUGAUGUCUAGUAAAGCAGGCAUGGAUUCGGUAAAAUUUAAAGUAAAUGGAUCAGAAUAUUCAAUUGGCGGUGAUGUCAGUUCCACUACAACACUGCUCGAGUUCCUGAGAAGAUGUCUGGAACUGCGAGGAACCAAAUAUAUGUGCCUGGAAGGUGGAUGCGGAGCAUGUAUCAUAAGCGUCAUAAAAUCACCAGGGUCAAUGCCGGAAGCGGUUAAUUCUUGUUUGGUAUCAGUACCAUCUUGUCAUGGCUGGGAGGUUACAACUAUUGAGAAGAUUGGCAACCGACUGGAUGGUUACCAUCCUUUGCAAAAGACGCUCGCAGAGACGAACGGUACUCAAUGUGGCUACUGUAGUCCCGGCUUCGUCAUGUCUAUGUAUAAUUUAUUGAAGAGCAAAAGAAAGACUAUGAUAGAAAUAGAACAGCAGCUGUCCAGUAAUAUAUGCAGAUGCACUGGAUACAGAACUAUUUUGGAAGCAUUCAAGAAGUUUGCCAGUGAUGCUCCCAAGCCAAAUAAAAUAAUGGAUAUAGAAGAUAUUACCCUAUGUAAUAAAACUAGUGAGAUAUGUUUGAAAAAUAACAUAAAAGACAACGAUUGGUGUUUUGUGUCUGGAGAUAGUUUGGGAGAAAUCAAUAUUGAAAUAGAUUUAAAAGAUAACAGAAAAUGGUUUAGAGUAAACGCAGUUGAAGAUGUUUUUAAUAUAUUACGAAAAGAAGGAAGUGAUUCUUAUAUGCUUGUUGCGGGCAAUACUGGAAAAGGAGUUCGCCCAAUUGUAGAAUAUCCUCGUGUUUUAAUAGAUGUCACUGCUAUAAGUGAUCUGAAAGGUUUCUAUUUUGACCAAAACAUGGUUGUGGGAGCUGGAACAACACUGACUGAAUUAAUGGAUAUAUUUGCUGAUGCAUCUGAUACUGAAUAUUUUGGUUACCUGAAAGUUAUAAAUGAACAUAUUCAACUAGUAGCCAACGUUGCUAUCAGGAAUCAAGGAACAAUAGCGGGAAACUUAAUGAUCAAACAUAAGUAUCGUGACUUCUCUUCUGACAUUUUUCUCCUUCUCCAAGCAGUCGGAGCGCAGCUGACGAUAAGAUCUGCUGAUGGUGUUACGAAAACAGUUACUAUGGAAAAUUUUCUAAACGAAAACAUGAGAGGAAAAAUAAUUUUAAAUGUUUUACUGCCACCAUUAAAUACUGCUUAUAAGUUGGUUACUUACAAGGUAUCAGCAAAAUCCCGAAAUGCACAUGCAAUUGUCAAUGCAGCGUUUCUUUAUAAGCUAAAUGAGGAUGAUAACAAAGUGCUAAAAUCUAGAAUUGUAUUCGGUGGAUUGUCUUCAAACUUUUCACGAGCUACAAAAACAGAGAAUUUUAUCAUUGGAAAAAUGCUCUUCAAUAACAAUAUUUUGCAACAAACCAUCAAAAUACUCUCCGAUGAACUUGUGGUAACUGAUCUUCCACCUGAACCCUCAGUUCAAUAUAGAAAACAGCUGGCAAUAGGACUCUUUUAUAAGGGUCUUUUAUUUCUCUCUCCCCAAAACAUAUUGCACUCACGAUACAAAUCCGGAAAGAUAAAACUUCAUCAAACGCGUCCAGUUUCUACUGCGUCGCAGUCGUUUCCAACUGAUCCAAAUAUAUGGCCUCUUAAUGAACCAAUACCUAAGGUGGAAGCAUUGCACCAGUGCGCGGGAGAGGCAAAGUAUGUCGAUGAUCACCCGUCCCUACCUAGAGAAGUGUUUGCUACGUUUGUCCUUACAACUAUCGCAAGAGGAAAUAUAGACAUUAUAGAUGCCACUGAAGCUUUGAAUUUCCCUGGCGUUAUAGCCUUCUAUACAGCUAAAGAUAUCCCUGGCGUCAAUUCAUUUACACCACCUGAAGACCAAGAUAGUAUUACGAAUGAAGAGAUACUAUGUGACGGUGAAGUUUUUUAUUACAACCAACCUUUAGGAAUUAUCGUAGCAGAAUCUUAUGAUAUAGCUAACAGAGCUCGAUUAUUGGUAAAGGUUAAGUACAGUAACGUACGUCAACCCAAAAUAGAUAUAAGGAAUAUUAAAAAUGAUCCUAGUCAAGUUACAUUAUUCUCAUGUAUAAACGCAACUGACAAGGGUAACGAUGUAGUCAAAGUUAUCGAUGACGAUCAAACUAUAUUUGGGCAAUAUCAUUUUUGUUUGGAAAAUUUGUCAUGUGUUUCUUGGCCAACUGAAGAAGGAAUUAAAGCUACUCCCACGUCACACUACUUAGCUGCUGCUCAAACGAUGUCGGCACGGUGCUUGAACAUCGAUCAAAGCAGGGUCGACAUGGAAGUUCAUCGAGUUGGAGGAAGUUUUGGAUUGAAAUUGUCAAGACAGACUCUUAUAACUACAGCUUGCAGUAUCGCUACCUACAAACUGAACCGACCUUGUAGAUUCCUCAUGCCAUUAAGAAUCCAAACUCGUGCAAUUGGUAAACGAAUGCCUUCUUCAACGAAUUAUGAAAUAGGUGUUAAUAGUGAAGGUGUUAUUCAGUACUUGAAUUAUGACAUUUAUGAUGAUAAUGGUUAUAUUGUCAACGAACUUCUUAUACGAAUCACUGAAGGAAACUAUUACAAUUGCUAUGACAAGGCAAGGUGGAAUUUUAGAUGUUUCAAUGCUAUUUCUGAUACUCCUUCGAAUACUUGGUUUCGUUCUCCAGGGACAUUGGAAGCCAUUUCUGCCGCUGAGACAAUCAUGGAACGAAUAGCUUACGAAUUGGACUUAGAUCCUUUAACAGUUCGCCUAAAUAACCUUGACAAAGAAUUUGGUGACCUUAUUGAAAUGACCAAUACUCUUAUAAAUGAUUCAAAUUACAUCGAAAGGAAAAAGGCAAAAGACAAAUUUAAUUCAGAAAAUAGAUGGAAAAAACGAGGCUUAAGAUUUGCUCUUAUGAGAUGGAACAGCACCUACCCUUAUAUAUUAAAUAUAACAUUAUCAGUCUACAGCGGUGAUGGGUCAGUUGCAAUAACUCACGGAGGGGUUGAAUUAGGUCAAGGCAUUAACACUAAAGCAAUUCAAGUUUGUGCAUAUUUCUUGAAUAUACCUGUAAGUAAAAUAAAAGUUAAAGCCAGCAACACAAUGGCCAAUCCGAAUAAUUCAUGUACUGUUUCGAGUUUGGCAUCCCAAAAUGUUGCUUUAGGAGUUACAAGAUGUUGUAAGGAAUUGCUAGAACGAUUAGAACCUUUAAGAAGAGAUAUGGGUAACCCAACAUGGGAACGAUUAAUUGCAAGAGCAUAUGAACUGGGAAUUAAUUUACAAGCAAAUGGACUCGCUACAUUUGAUGACGUAUAUAAGAACAAUAAUGUUUUUGGUGCGAUCUUAGCUGAAGUUGAAGUCGAUGUACUAACAGGUGAAUCUGAAAUCCUGAGAGUUGAUUUAUUAGAAGACGUAGGUCGUAGUAUUAAUCCAUUAAUUGAUAUUGGGCAAAUUGAAGGUGCGUUCGUACAGGGACUGGGUUAUAUGACAUCUGAAGAAUUGGUGUAUAAUUAUAGCACUGGUGAACUGCUCACCGAUCGAUCUUGGAAUUACUAUGUACCACAAGCCACGGAUAUACCGCAGGACUUUCGAAUAUACUUUCGGGAGAAAUCUUACAGCUAUGAUGCUAUUCUUGGAACAAAAUCAACUAGUGAGCCACCUCUUUGUUUGUCAGUGGUAGUGCCCUUCGCAAUGAGAGAGGCAAUAGCUUCUGCCAGAUUAGAGUCAGGAAUCCCUUCAAACAAAUGGUUUAAUAUAGAUGGACCAUACACCGUAGAAAAAAUAUGUUUGUCAUGCGAAACCAAAAUUGAGGAUUUAAAAUUUUACUAAUAGUUGCUUAUAUUAAUAAUUAGUUAUUAUUGCUUAAAAUGUUUAUAUUCUUAGAAAUAAAAUGGAUAUGGGUAACCUUUUCUUUAAUGCCGUUCACAAAAUAUUGACAAAUUUAUGUUUAACUGGGAAGCUGCAUCGCUUCGCUUUAUUUUUAAUUUGUAAUAAUUAUUUCCACGCAGAUUUAAAAUAAUUACACAAAAGCCUUAGUGAGAGUUGAAUCUGGUACUUUUAGGUUUAAGGUAGUUAAAUCCUUUCGUAUUUCAUGUCUCCAAUUCAUUGUCUAAUUGUAAACCACCAUUAUUACUUUAUCAACUUUAACAUGACUUUGUUUUGUUAUAUUAUCUAAUAUGUUUUUGUCUCUAUUUUAGCUUAUAAGGGUAUUUGUAGGUUUAAGAAUUAGAAUGGGUAGUAUAAAAUUAAAAUUCAGUACUAUUUAAAUUUAUAAAUGUGAUUAAAUGACUAACCUAAAUACAUUCAUGAAAAAUUUUAUUAGAUUUGAAUAGAUUAAAAAAGUAAUGUAUCGAAAGAGCUCGUCAUUUAUUGAGUAAGUUUUAUCAGAAUAGGUUAUGGUAUUUAAUCAUAUUAAACUCUGAUGGAGUCUCAUAGUGUGGGAUCAUUAAAUUAUAGUCGAGACUUAUCACUUUUUGAUGAUAGUGGAGGCGGGGUUCUAACAGAUAGCAAUCUUUUCUCUUUCUUUUUCUUCGAUCUUUGGUCUUGUGCCUAAGUCAAUUGAAUAUGAUAAAGGUCACUUAAGAAAUUCUAAGUGGAAGCCCGAAGUGAAGGAAGAAGUAUAAAUAUGGCCAACUGGAAGUUCACCUAACCUCUGAAAGUAUGUCAAAAGCUGGAAACUCCUCAAAAAACCUGUAAUAUGACUGAAAAAAGUCAGUUUUACAUUUAGUAUACAAUAUUCAUCUCUAUAUUAUGUUGACUUGAAUCCAUUUUGUAAAACAAUUACUCAUUCCGAGUAGAAACGUUUAAGGUCUUAAAUAGAAAAGAAAUCCGACUUUUUCAAACAAAAACACUUUUCGAAUUGUAUUUUGCAAUACUGUACUGAAAGCAAAAACAAAUUAUAAAGUUUUGGGUUUCCCCUUAAGAACCUUUUGAUACGAAUACUUGUAGAAAAAAAAAAUGGUUUCUAAAUUAUUGUAUACCACAGCGUAAAGGUUGUUGUGAACCAGAACAAAUCUACUGGGAAUCUACCCUCGACCACGAUACUCCAAUAAGGGUUGAUGGAUACACAUAGUAUGGUGUUUUCAUUAGCAUUUACAGGUUUCCUCACGAUGCAUUUAUUAUUUAAAAAGGGUAGACAAUAGUCACCACUAUUAAUAGACAUAAGAUUGAUAA